AUGCAAACCGCGAAAACCACUGUUCAAAGGCGUGGUAGACCAUACCCUGCUCUUCUUUUCGUGCAGCAGCCGACGAGGACUUUACCAGGUCACCGCUUUCCCUUGAGAGCGCUCAGUAGAUUGCAACGUCCUGGGCUCGCGUCCCGUCUCAGCUCGUGGAGGCUCGUCACUGAGCGCGAGACCUCGCCAACAAGCCUACUCAUUGUGCCUCUGGGCUAUGUUACCACUGCAGUGGCUUGCCUUUGGGUGCACGGAAAGCACUGUGAAACAAGCCCGCAGCCACAUUCAGGCGCGGAAGACUCGGCUCCAGCCUUGCCACAAAGCGUCGUUGCGUGUUAUCGUCAGGGUUCGGAGGUCGCUGACUAUCGCCUGCUGCUCCAAGAUCGAGUUUGCCUGUCGCUUUCACAAUGUGUUGAGCCAGAUCACCUGAAAUUGAUCACACACGUACUUGUGCACGGCGAAUGGAUUUCCUGGUUGGAGCACGUAGUCGGAGACGGACUCCUCCCCUCGUUACGGUGGAUAGGUCUCCUGUCGAGCACGAGUCUGUAUGCGCCUGGAGGAGAGUCCUGGAUCGACGAAAGCGCUCCACUCGACUUAUCCACAGAGAAAGCAGCGGCAUGUUGGCAGGCUGAACAGCGAGCAGGAGAGCUCGCACAUCGACUGGAAGUGCGACUCGCCCGCUUCCGACUUGGGGCCGUAUACGGUCCGAUUCCACCAUCGCUAAGAGGCAAGCGUGGAUGGACACGUCGCAGUGUCCUGGACACGAUGUUGGCCUACCACGAGCACAGCGAAACUAGGCAAGGAUCGCGGCGACCGCGUGAUACGCUGGUGAAUCGAAUACACGUUGCCGACGCUGCGCGUCUCCUGCUCAGCGGUGUUGCACAGAGAGCAAAGGGCGUCUUCAACCUGGUGGACAAUGAACCUGCGACGCGUGCUCAGGUUGAGGACUAUGCAGCGCAGUCCAGAACGGGUCAGUUAAGCGCGAUUUCUUCGGAAUCCCGCCUCCAGAAGCGCAUCCGCAACCACACGGCAAAGGCAGUCCUGCUGGGCGGCUCGGCAGAUCUGUGGUACCCCAGCUAUCGUGAAGGCAUUCGAGCGAUAGCAGAGGGCGAAAUGUUCCCAUUUCAUGUGGACCAGCUUCCAGAGCGGUUAUCGGCGACGAGCGAUGCGCACAAGAGUCGUAACGCAAACCCCGGGCGUAUUGAAUAG